AUGCGAAUUCACAUAAUUGUGGCCAACGGCCAUGACUUCCCAAAGCACUUUGUGAGGAUUUAUCUCCUGAGAUCCAGAGGAGAUCCUUUUGUGGUUGACGUAGCUCAGGGGACCCAAGUAACAGGGCGGAAAGCAGAUGUUAUUAAGGCAGCUCACCUUUGUGCUGAAGCUGCCCUGCGCCUGGUCAAACCUGGAAACCAGAAUACACAAGUGACAGAAGCCUGGAACAAGGUUGCCCACUCGUUUAAUUGCACACCAAUAGAAGGUAUGUUGUCUCAUCAGUUGAAGCAGCAUGUCAUCGAUGGAGAGAAAACAAUUAUCCAGAAUCCCACAGACCAGCAGAAGAAGGACCAUGAAAAAGCUGAAUUUGAGGUACAUGAAGUAUAUGCCGUGGAUGUGCUUUUCAGCUCAGGAGAGGGCAAGGCCAAGGAUGCGGGACAGAGAACCACCAUUUACAAACGAGACCCUUCUAAACAGUAUGGUCUGAAAAUGAAAACUUCACGUGCCUUCUUCAGUGAGGUUGAAAGGCGUUUUGAUGCCAUGCCAUUUACUUUAAGAGCAUUUGAAGACGAGAAGAAGGCCCGGAUGGGUGUGGUGGAGUGCGCCAAACAUGAACUGCUGCAGCCAUUUAAUGUUCUCUAUGAGAAGGAGGGUGAAUUUGUUGCCCAGUUUAAAUUUACAGUCCUGCUCAUGCCCAAUGGCCCCAUGCGGAUAACCAGUGGUCCCUUUGAACCUGAACUCUACAAGUCUGAGAUGGAGGUCCAAGAUGCAGAGCUAAAGGCCCUCCUCCAGAGUUCUGCAAGUUGGAAAACCCAGAAAAAGAAAAAAAAGAAGGCCUCCAAGACUGCAGAGAAUGCCACCAGUGGGGAAACAUUAGAAGAGAAUGAAGCUGGGGACUGAGGUGGGUCCCAUCUCCCCAGCUUGCUGCUCCUGCCUCAUCCCCCUCCCACCACACCCCAGGCUCUGUGAAGUGCAGUUCGUCUUCUCCACCCAGGACCACCAACAGAGCAGGGUCUCCCUGCCCCCAUCCCUGUCCCCACCCCAACCCCUUCCAACAACAACCAGCUCCAACUGACUCUGGUCUUGGGAGGCCAGGCUUCCCAACCACUGAAGACUACUUUAAAUAGAAAAGAGAAAUUGA